CACAGCACAGUGACAAACCUGAAGGUGCAUUUAUGUGCUCCUCAGAAAGUCCCAUUUUCCUGAGUUGGGACGUUGGGAACACGCCAACGUUCGUGUGAAGGAAAAGCACGGGUGUGAGAGAUGUUAUCAGUGAAGGCCUUCGACCAUUUAAGUCAGCGAGAGCAUGACUUACUGCAGCCAUUGUUAAUGUCAUCAGUUGUGCUUGUGCUUUUCCUGCUCAGACUAAGAUCUGUGGAGAAAAGCCUAUUGGUCAUUAUCGCCCUCUCACUCGUCUUUGCUCAGGGUCUGUCUGCGCUCCACAUGGCCUGCCUUUACGGCCAGCUGGGUCCUCUUCGGGUCCUGGUGAAGACCACGUUGGACGAGCUCGACAGCAGCGAUCCUCAGGGGCGCCGGCCCAUCCACAUGGUCAUGUCCUCCCAGAGCUCGCCCAAGUCCGCCGCCUGUCUCAGAUUCCUGCUGGAGAACGGAGCAGACAUCAGUGUAACCACAGACUCUGGGCAAACACCGCUGCACCACGCAGCUGCCGCAGGCCUCCUGGACUGCGUAGAGAUCCUCGUGCAGGCCGGUGCAGAUGUGAUGGCCCAGGACGACAUGGGACACACACCUCUGGAUUUGGCUCGCGUCUGGUCCCACAGAGACGUAGGGAGGUAUCUGAGAGGCUGCGUGUGGCUGGCAGAGAAGAAGAGAGAAAUGGAGGAGAGGAAGCAAGUUCGGGUUCUAUACAGGGAUCUUGUUGCCGAGGCCAAACUGAAUGAGCUCAACAAAAGGAUUCUUAUAGACAGGAAGAUGAAUGAGUGGGCGGCCAAGAAAGGUUUACCCAACAUCAAGGCUUCCUCCCCCAAAGUCAUGGUGAGCCAGUACCACACAAAGUGCCUCUCAUCCGAUCACGAUACAUCUAAUGUGGGUCUGAGGAAGCUCAAGCCAAGGCCGAGGGAAUCCAGGCCUGACCUCCAUGACAGUGUCAUGGUGUGGACGGACAGCAGUGGCGGGGGGCGGCCUCAGUAUAUCACCAAGUGGGAGAGCAUGCCUCGUUACGCCCCUGACGUGCCUUUGGACAUCCUCAAGAGGGUGUUGUUCCCCAUGGCGUCCAGGAUCAAAUCCCCUCAGGACUUUAAGGCGCGGGUCAUCGAGGAGGUCACGCACAGAAGAUGCCCCCAGGGAACGAGCCGCUCACCCUGGACGGAGGUGCCCGAGCACCUGGUUGAGGUGUUGGAGCCUGGAUGUGAGCGCUGAAAGAGCUUCAAGUUCAAGUUGUGUAAAAUAUAUCAUAGUAACAUUUAAUUGUUUUAUUUAGUUGCAAGUAGAAAGAACAGGAUCGUGUGAUGUAUUUUUAGAUUUAACAUCGUCAUAGUUUUUCAUUCAGAGUUCUCACAGAGUCAGGCACGCAGGAGACGUCAAGAGCAGAAAUGUCCUCAUGAAACACCCGGCCAUCUCAUAACCUCAGCUCUGAGUGACAAACCUGAAAAAGUCAGACUCUCCAGAAAGCAGGAUGAGUCGAGGGGCGAGGAGUAAACCCUGAAUGAACUGGGUCACCUGUCACAGAUGUACCCCUGCACUUUCACUGAUCCCCCCAGGGGAGUGAGUCGGGAUCCAGGUGAGGGCUUGUCAACAGAGUAUGUGUGUGUGUGUCUACGGGCGGUGGCCUGUCAACUAGA